AGCUGGCCACGAUGGAGGAGAUUUGGUACUUUACUCUGGACAAGGGCCAGGAGGCAACGAAGCGAGGAGGCAUCGGCAACCACGGAUAUGAUGACAUCGAGAAUAACUAUAUCCCUGUCGAACACGAGCACUUCAACUACCGAUUUGAGCUGGGCAGGAAGAUCGGGAAGGGCGGGCAGGGCGUGGUCGUGCGGUGUCUCGACCACAAGACGCAGACUCUGGUGGCGCUCAAGAUCCUCGCCUUUCCCAUCUCGUGAGUGGGACCUGGCCAGCUGUGCAGUCAAC